AUGCCGGCGACGUGUCCGGCCCCGCGGGGCAUGCUGAAGGCGAGCACGAACCGCGUGCGAGCCUCGGCUGCCCUCGCGACGCACUCGAUGUGGACGGACAUCAUCGGGCAGUCGGAACUGGCAGACUACCAAGGGGCCAACGACCAGGUCGAGAAGGCCAUCAACGCGCCGGACAAGUUCGCGGGCAAGAAGAAGCAUGAGGCGAGGAAGGCGGCCGCGGCGGAGCUGCUGGAGAAGACGGGGGCGUUUGGCACCGGAAUGUCGCUCGACGACAUCCUGGCCACAGCCAAGGCGAAGGGCGCGGUCGGACAGGGCGUGCGUGGGGCGUGCAAGAAGUGCGGACAGGUGGGACACCUCACCAAGGACUGCAAGAACUUCCUGUCCGACUGGUUCAAGGAGGAGCAGGAGGCGCGGGCGGCGGCGGAGCUCGAGGCGGAGCGCAAGGCCAAGGGCCUCGACGGUGUGCUGGAGGGUCUCCAGAAGGCGAACGGUGGCCCGGCGCGUUCGGACAGCUUCAGCGACCUCAGCCUGUCGUCGUCGGACGACGACAGCGACAGCAGCCGCGACCGGCGGCGCCGGCAUCGCAGCCGGAGCCGGAGCCGCAAGAGCGACCGGAAGGACCGGAAGCGCAGCCGGAGCGAGAAGAAGUCGAAGAAGAGCCGGAAGGACCGCGAGCGGAGCCACAAGCGCAGCCGCAGCGACAAGGAGCGCCGGCACAAGUCUUCGAAACGUCGCAGGUCGCGCUCCGCGUCGCCGGAGCGGCGCCGGGACCGCGACGACAAGCGCAGGGACCGCGAGAGGAAGGACCGGCGGCGGUCGCGGUCCCCGCGGCGCGACCGGUAG